AUGAUCUCCCCAAAGGACACUAGGCAUAAUGAAGAAAGAGAGGUGAAGUUGCUUGUGAGGUGUCCUCCUGGCCAUGAAGGUACAAAGUUGGUCGACAUACCCGCCACAGUUCUCAAUGCUACCGGCGCCAUCAUUGCAUGGUACCUCCCAGAUGCCCUGACAGAAACCACCCAGGAUUGGUUCAAACCAAGCUCGGAAAAUGAUGGCAUAUCUCCCGGGUGCAUCAAUCUAUCUCCGGCUUGGUUUCAACAGGGGCAUGAGAAUCUGUCAGACCCAGCAGUAUCUGCCUCAUUGAACGGACCAUUCUCCGAGAAUAUUCUCAAAGCCAUUGCCAGGCUGGCAGCAAUCACAUCAGCCGCACUCAGGGUGAUGCAUCCUGAGCAGUACUGGGCAGGGAUACGAGCCUUUUUAAGCAUCGGACAAUCAGCCAAAAGCAAGAAUCUUCUGAGGAUGUCAGAGACCCUCCAGUACUGGGCAUCCGUGUUUAACACCCUCACCGUCAUUUCCCAUCAGCAAACCCCCAAUCAUCGAGACCACAUAUCCAUUCCUGAAUGCUUUGAUAUUCUCACCACCGUGGGUAAUUAUUUGAAUGCUCGCAUGAGUAUGCCAAGUCUUCAGCUAGAGUUCAUGUACAAUCCCAGUGGGAAGCAGUGCAAUGCAAAACACCAACAACAAGUCGUAUUGUCCGACCUAAUAGUCGAUGCCGAUGCCGACUUGGCUGAUCGAAGUUGA